AUGUGGACCAGUGCCCAGGCUCCGCUGUAUCUGUUUGCUGGCGCGCCCGUCUACAUCUACCGAGACAUCGGCGGCGCGAGCUACUGGGUGUGGUUCGUCACUGCCAACCUGCUCGCCACGGCCUCCAUUUCCCCCUUUGUCGGUGCCCUCUCGGACCUCAUGGGCCGCCGCUAUGUCGCUAUCAUCGGAAGUGCCGCCAUCCUUGUGGGCCAGAUAAUCUGCGGCACAGCCAAGGGCAUGGAGGUGUUCAUAGCCGGCAUGGUCAUCACCGGAGUAGGCACGGGCAUCAACGAACUCAUCGCCCUGGCCGGCACCGCCGAGCUGGUGCCGCUCUCUCACCGAGGGUACUACAUUGCCGGCAUGGUGCUGACCGUCCUCCCCCUCAUGCCCUCUGCCAUGUACGCCCAGCUGAUCGCACACCACUCCACCUGGCGGUACAUCUCCAUUGUCACUGCGGGAUGGGCCUUCUCUGGUCUGGUGUUGACGGUGCUCUACUACUUCCCUCCGCCGCUUGUGAAACUGCAGGGGUGGAAGGCGAAGAUGCAGCUGCUGAAGCGAACGGACUUCGUCGGCGGGAUGCUGUCUAUUGUCGGACUCGCCGGCUUCGAGGCGGGGGUCCUCGGCGGUGGGUAUGAGUUCCCGUGGGCGAGCGCGAAUACGUUGGUACCGUUGGUGCUUGGGCUCUGCUUCAUCGCUGCCUUCGUGGUGUGGGAGCGAUUCGGUACCAAGCAUCCGAUGAUCCCUCGUAAACUUAGCAAAAGGCCUCGGGCCCUGGGUCUCACCAUGCUCAUCUCCUUCAUCUCGGGCGCCAACUUCUUCUCCGUGCUGCUGCUCUGGCCUCCGGAGACGUACAACGUGUACGGACAUGAUCCUGUUGGAGUCGGCAUAAGGGGCAUGCCUUUCGCGUUCGGUGUCUUCGCCGGAUGCAUCAUAUCGCUCGUCCUGCUGUCCUGGUUCCGCGGCCAGAUCAAGUGGCUUAUCCUCGGCGCCUCGGUGGUCAUGACCGUCGGCUGUGGCUGCCUCUCUCUCGCCAGGGUGGACAACAUCAACGCAGUCUACGCCAUCGUGUUCAUCGCGGGUGUCGGCGUUGGCGGCAUCACGAUCCCGGUCUCCACGAUCGCCACCAUGAUCUGCCCGGGCGAUGUGAUUGCCACUGUCACCGCGCUGACCAUCGCCAUUCGCAUCGUGGGUGGCGCCAUCGGGUAUGCCGUCUACUUCAACGUCUUCGUCUCCAAGCUCAUCCCAGAGCUGAAGAGGCUCAUUCCCGCGGCCUGCGCCCGCGUUGGGAUCCAAGAUCCGGAGAUCAUCCUUGACGUUGUCCGAUUGACCAGUGCGUCUCUGGUCAACGAGAUACGGCACGUCCCGGGCAUCACGGAGGCGUCCUGGGCCGAGCUCGUCGCGGCAGGCCAGGUGGCAUACGCGAAUGCCUAUCAGUGGGUGUAUUACUGCAGCGUGGCCUUUGGCGCGGUCUCCGUGCUGGCAAGCCUGUUCCUGGGUGAUAUAUCCGAGAUGGUGGAUGACGUGGUGGUGGCGGAGAUGCGCGAGCCCACCGUCCUGUGA